ACAGCUAAGAGAGAUAUGGCCCGUACUUAUUUAGUUUCAGCCUUAUUUAUUGGUCUGCUGCUCCCCAGUCCAGUCCAGUCCUGCCUAGAAAGGAAAGGCGCUGCCACUCUCUCCCUCCUCACAAACUUGUGGAGUUUUCUCUCUCUCUCUCUCUUUCUUGAAUUUGGGAGAGAGAUGGGAAGAGCUCCUUGCUGUUCUAAGGAAGGGCUGAAGAAGGGCCCUUGGUCUACCAAAGAAGAUUUACUUCUCACCAAUUACAUUCAGCAACAUGGCGAAGGCCAAUGGAGAUCUUUGCCCAAGAAAGCUGGACUGCUAAGAUGUGGGAAGAGUUGCAGGCUGAGAUGGAUGAAUUAUCUUCGGCCUGGGAUCAAGCGGGGGAAUUUCAGCCAGGAAGAGGAGGAUCUUAUCGUGCGCCUCCAUUCUCUUCUGGGGAACAGAUGGUCCCUUAUUGCAGGAAGGCUGCCAGGUCGAACGGACAAUGAGAUCAAGAACUACUGGAACACUCAUCUCCUCAAGAAGCUCAAGAGCUCCGGGAUCGAGCCCAGAAAAAUCGUCGCCUCCAAGAAAAAGGCGACGAAAAUCGUCGCGCCCAAGAAACCCGGCGACGCCAAGAAGAAGCCCAAGCAGCAGCAGCAGCAGAGGAAAGAAAGCGACGAUAAUCAGCGCUACAAAGUCUACGCUCCCAAAGCCAUUCGCCUCUCCUCCGGCGGGGUGUCGAGGAACAACAGCGUCGACGAUAUAGCCGGAAGUGUUUCUUCCAGUUCUGGGGAAGUGGAGAAUAAAGCCAUGGCGGAUGGGUCGUCGUCGUCCUUCAUUCCCUGGAACUUGUACGAGCUUCGAGACGACUUCUGCGCCGAAGUUCUCACCGCCGCCGCCGCCGGUGAUCAUCUCUCGCCGCAAUGUGCACUCCCCGACGAUUGCUUGCUGGAUAAAGUGUACGACGAGUAUCUCCAGCUUCUUUCCGAGAAUUGUUUUCUUGAAGACGAUCCAUUUGGUGCCAAUCUCUAAUUUUUUUUUUUUCUUUUGCGACGAAUCAUGAAAGAAUAUGCUGAUCGUAACUAUUUAGUGACUCCGUUCCAGUUUCAGACUUUCUGUCUAGUUUUUGUAUAAUAUUAUUAACCAAAAAAAAAAAAAAAAAAAAAAAGUCUGUGGCACGUGACAUGCAUUGGGUCUUGAACCAUUCCUCUUUUUCUUAUUUUUAGUUUUUUUUUUUAAUUUAUUUUUCUCUGUAUAAUAGUAAUAGUUGGUGUGUUUUUUUCUUCUUUAAAUAAUUAAAGGCCAUGUUCACAUUUCACAUCA